AUGAAUGAGGUGAAAGAAUCCCUUCGCAACAUUGAGCAGACAUACAAGCUUUUCCAGCAGCAGCAGUUCACGUUUAUCGGUGCUCUGGAGCACUGCAGAGAAAACGCCCACGACAAGAUCCGGCCCAUCACCAGCAUAGGACAGGUGCAGAGCUACAUGGAACACUACUGCAACAACACCACGGACCGGCGCAUUCUGCUCAUGUUCCUGGACAUCUGUACGGAGCUGAACAAACUCUGCCAACGCUUUGAAGCCCUGCACUCUGGCACCCCAGUCACCAACAGCCUCCUAGAGAAAUGCAAAACCCUUGUUAGCCAAAGCAAUGACUUAAGCAGCCUCAGAGCCAAAUACCCUCAUGACGUGGUGAACCACCUCAGCUGUGACGAGGCCAGGAACCACUACGGAGGCGUGGUUAGUCUUAUCCCCGUAGUCUUAGACUUAAUGAAAGAAUGGAUUGCCCACUCGGAGAAGUUACCCCGCAAAGUGCUGCAGCAAGGGACGACUUAG